GCCAUUUUUCUAUUUCUAAAAUUAGCAUCGCAGCAAAGUUUGCAAAAAGAGGCGAAGUUUUCUUUUCUUUCGUUGAAAAUUGCAUUGCCAUCGGUAAAAUUGUGUAGAAUUCGUAGAACAAGUGCAGUGCAAGAGAAGGCCAGUCAAGUUUUCGAACGACGGGUUGAUUUCGGUUUUAUUUGCGCGUUUGAAAAUCUGGUCGGAAGCUAACCUUGAAUUAAUCGGUGAAUUUCCGAUUACAUCGGAACAUGGACAACCAUAAAUCGGUAUCAGCGAACUUUGCGCAUUGAGAAGUGGCUUGGGAGCUAGAGAACGGGGUGGUAUACGGAUAGGUGUAAUUGUGUAACCGGAAUGAUCUCCGGGUCAGGGCCGGGCGGAAGCACCGGCAGCAGCAACACUGGCAACAACAGCUACACGGGAUUGAACAAUGGCGAAUCGGGUAUCCUGCGCAAGACAAUCGGGAUGGGCCUGCACCACCAUCAUCACGCGUACGGUCAGGACAACUUCGCCGAUCUGCUAGUGUUUGGCUACUCGUGCAAGGUCUUCCGAGACGACGACAAAGCCCGCUUCAUCGAUCAGGGCCGUCAUCUGAUUCCGUGGAUGGGCGACAAUCAGUUGAAGAUAGACAGAUACGAUGCCAGGGGAGCGCUGCACGAUUUGAGCCAGCAUGAACCACCAAUCGGGGGUUAUGGAAACCGAGUGGACUGUCUUUCUCCGGCCGAGCAACGAGCGGAGCAGCUGUGCGAGGAUGAACGCUACUACAGUCUGUACGCGAAUGAAGUUGAGGAGGAAAUCUAUCAGGAGGAAGCAGCGAAACGACAGGCUGCUAUUGGAGCCGAAAUCGGAUUUGAUUACGAUGCUGCAACUUCAGCUACAGAUGCCAGCACAAUAGUAGGACCGGCGCCAGCCGAUCCAUCGACAGCCGAUGGUCUGGAUGAUGAGAACAGCUUGGAUCCUCCGUUCGUCGCUCCAGCCAAUUUCGAGAUUCCGUCAGAUCUUGUCGAACUGCCAGAAACAAUGAAGGAACACGCUAUCGUUGAGAAGACCGCCAAAUUCAUUGCUUCCCAAGAUUCCCAGAUGGAAAUUCUACUUCGCGCGAAACAGGCUGCCAACCCACAGUUCGACUUCUUGAGCCCCGGUGGACGAUUGUAUCGAUACUAUCGUCACGUUCUGAUGGCCAUCAAAACCAAUCGAUAUCCAGAGGAGGUUCCCGAGGAAGAGUCCAAUCGGGCAGAAGACGAAACAGUGGACGAAGUGCAAGCGGAAGUCAGUCCGGUGAAACCCAAGCUGGUAAUACCUACCAUCAAGUACAAACCAUCAGUCGAUUGCGCCUACACGCAGUUGAUCAGUAAAAUUACCGGCGCUCCAAUUCCAACCAAAUCCGACUUGGAAUCAGAACAGCCGAAGCGUUUCCCCGAGCCAACCGAUCCCACGCAGUUGACCUCUCUCAGCACCGAGUUCGAGUAUCGACUCGAAGAAAAACCCGUUGAGGUUACAAAGAUUUCCACGGGUUUAGCUGGCCUGGUGCAGUACGAUUCCGACAGCGAAGACAGUGCCAGUGAAGCGGAAACAAAGCCCGCUAGUGAGCCGAAAGAAACCCCAAUCGAGCGGAAGGAAAUUGUUUUUAAAGGCCUGCUUCCACCGGAAAUUUUCCAGCACGUGAUCGAGAAAACCGCCACAUACGUAGCGAAGAACGGCUACAGCUUCGAGGAUGCUCUACGAACAAAAAACGAUCCACGAUUUUUGUUCCUACGGAAAGACCAUGAAUUUUACCCGUAUUACGCGUUCCGUGUACGCUACCUUAUCAAUCCAUACGAAGAGGUUCCCCCUAAAAGCCCCGAACCGGUGACAAUCACCAGGGAAAUCGAGAACGGUACCGUGAUAGAGCAACCUAACAUUGGCAUUAAAACGGUCAACACCGCACCGCAACCAGUACCGCCACCUCAAACUCAAAUACAAGCCACCAAACCGGGAGGAGCCGUUUGUUUCUCGAUCAAAAGCAACAAAGAGGAUGCCAGUAAAGGCGCAAAAGCAAACGUCGUUCAGGAGUUGGGUGGAAAUGAAGAAGAUGCAGAAGAACCGACAGCGGAAAAGGAAAACAGCAGCUCUCCCGUGCCCGAUAAGGAUGACGGUGUCCAGCUGACGGAUCAGACGGAGCCAUCAUUAGAUAAACCACGCGAGGAGCAAGUUCAAACACCUCCGCAAGCGUCAAUUAGCAACUCGCCCCCCGAAGACACUGGCAGUUGCACACCCCCACUGGACGAGUUCCAACAACCGGUACCCUUAACCGACGACAGCAAUAAAGACCAAAAGCGGUUGGAAGAUCGGAUCAAAGACAAACUAGCCGUAGCAGCUCGGGAACGACUAGCAAUGAUCUCCAAGGAAAAACAGUUGCAGCUCGAACGCAAAAGAAAAGCAAGCGCUUUUCUCACCAUGCUUCAGAAACCUUCCGACACACCCGAGGAGCAGACAAAAACUCACUCUGAGUGGUCCCCUCCUUCGACACCAUCGCUGGUACCCGCGAAAAAUGGUCUCGAAUUGUUGCAGAACCAGUUCGAGCCGAAUGAACUCGAACGGGACGACACUUCCGAACUGUCCAUCCACUCAAUCCCGUCGCAAAGCUCGAGCCCCGACUCGAACCGCAUACCAUCUAGCGCGGACGACGAUGUAGUGCUGGUGGAAAAUGACGACGAAGAUGACGGAGGGCGUCCAUCGCGAUCCCGAACCAGAUCUCGCUCCGGUUCGUCCAACAACAAACACAAGCAAAAAAAGAAACAUAAAAGCAAGAGUAAGAGCAAAAAAUCCAAAAAGAAGAAAUCGAAAAGCCGAAGUCGAAGUCCCAGCAGAAGUAAAGCUAAGUCAAAACGAAAACGUAGUAGAAGUCGAACGCCGUCACUGAGUCCACAGCGAUCCCGCAGCAGGUCCUGUUCGGAGCGAGAAGCCAAGAAGAGAAAGAAGAGCAAAAAGAAGAGUCACAAACCUCACAAAUCAUCGCGGUCAUCUUCAUCGUCUAGGCAUCACCACCACCAUCACCACAAGGAGCGAAGGUAGAAGGUAGACACACGGACUGAAUAAAUUAUAGUGAAUGUCAUGUGGGA